UUUUUCGCUCGAUGAUUAGAUAUGCGCCACGCCCGGUAUCCCGCCAAUCAUCAAGCCCGGUCUGCUUGCGGAGAGCCCAAGUGGAGCCCGUGUGCACCCGCGUUAUCGCAAGAUCAACCCCGUCUGACUCGACUGACGCGGGCAGUGGGAAAUGAUAGGCGUUCGACCCCAACGCCCUCCGUGCUCGACCCUCCACACCUUCCAAGCUAAUUAAGAAAAGAUAGCAACGGGAACAUCGCACAUGGCAGACUCGGGCCACAGAUCGUCCCACCGGGACUCUUUUGAUUGCCCCUCCUUAUCGCACUCUGACGGAGUGGAACGGGGAUGCGACGCUCCAGGAUCCGGAUCUCCAUCACCCAUGCGACUUAUUAUAUCAUAGCUUCCCCCGGUCCAUGACCCGGUCUACUUCUAAGCCUAGCAAAUAUCAUUUCGCAAGUUGACAUCACUUCAUUCUGCCUGCUGGUUGAUCCUUUUUUUUUUCUUGUGAUUCUGCUUUUUUCUUCAGCGUGACUGUAUUUUGCUUCGAGUGAUUACCUUCGACCGGCAUCAUGUCGAGGAUUAAAUGGAUUCUCAACAAAGCGGCCGUCUCGAGUGAGCCGGGGCUAUCGAAUGCCCAGUUGAUGUUGACAAACGACGAUUUGAGGCCAGUCGAACCCGAACGUCGUCAGUGGAAAUGGUUGAACUAUAUCGCAUUCUGGAUUGCAGACUCGCUGAACAUUAACACAUGGAUGAUUUCCUCUUCUAUGAUUGUCUCUGGCCUGUCCUGGUGGCAGUCAUGGCUCUGUGUGUGGAUUGGAUAUUUCAUUGCCGCAGGCUUCGUUUGUCUCACCGGUCGCAUCGGCGCCGUCUAUCAUAUCUCCUUCCCAGUGACCGUCCGAGCAUCGUUCGGCAUCUGGGGUUCUUUUUGGCCCGUGAUCAACCGUGUUGUCAUGGCCAUUAUCUGGUAUGGCGUGCAAAGCUAUAUUGGAGGUGAAUGUGUGACUUUAAUGAUCGAGGCGAUUUGGCCCAGUUACAAGAAUCUGCACAAUGGACUUUCUGCCAGCGCUGGCGUUGACACCAAGAAUUUCCUGAGCUUUUUCCUGUUCUGGCUACUCUCCCUCCCAGCUCUUUGGUUCCCAGUUCACAAAGUGCGACACUUGUUCACCGUCAAGGCAAUCUAUUCUCCCAUCGCCGCCAUUGCCUUCUUCGCCUGGGCCAUCUCGCGGGCACACGGUAUCGGCCCAAUCGUCCACCAGGGUAGCACCGUCCACGGCAGCACGCUAGCCUGGGUGUUCGUGAAGGGAGUCAUGAGUUGUAUCGGAAACUUUGCAGCUCUGAUCAUGAACGAUCCUGAUUUUUCGCGCUUUGCACGAAAGCCCAAGGAUGCCUUGUGGUCCCAGCUUCUUACCAUCCCCAUCGGUUUCGGUAUCACCUCUUUCAUCGGUAUCAUCGUGUCCUCUUCGUCAUCGGUUAUUUACAAGGGCGACCCCGUCUGGAACCCGCUUGACCUACUUGGCAUGUUCCUCGAAGGAGCCAGCUCUGGUCAGCGAUUCGGUAUUUUCAUCAUCGCAACCGGAUUCGCCCUCGCCCAGCUGGGAACCAACAUCUCAGCCAACUCCGUCUCCGCCGGAACGGACUUGACUGCCCUGAUGCCGCGGUAUCUUAACAUCCGCCGGGGCAGUUAUAUCUGCGCCGCCAUCGGUCUAGCCAUGUGCCCGUGGAAUCUCGUGGUAACAUCCAACCAAUUCACAACCUACCUCUCCGCCUACUCCCUCUUCCUCUCCGCCAUCGCCGGCGUGAUGAUCUGCGACUACUACAUCGUCCGCAAAGGCUACCUCGACAUCAAAGCCCUGUACAGCGGCCGCAAAACGGACCCUUACUACUACACCCUCGGUUUCUCCUGGCGCGCCUACGCCGCCUACUUCGCCGGCAUCCUCAUCAACAUCGUCGGAUUCGCCGGUGCCGUGGGCCGCGAUGUCCCCGUCGGAGCGCAGUAUAUCUACAACAUCAACUAUUUCACCGGUGUGCUCGUCUCGGGUGGGACAUACUGGAUCCUCACCCGUAUUUUCCCCAUACCGGCGACUAGUGAUCGGUGGAAUGAAGUUGAUAUUGAUGAUAUUGAGGAAUAUGGCGUAGCGUAUGGACAGCCCGUUAGUGACGAGGAGAAUACUGGUUAUGAUCGUCGUUCGAUUACGGAUUCGUUGCCACCGGAUGAGCAGAAGAAGGGCAUUAAUACUGCUACGAAGAGGUUUUGAGCGUCAAGGGUGGUCUGAUUGCAUGUUUCAUGACCGUGUCAUCUGGGCUUUUCUUGUCUAUUCGUCUAAUAUUUUUGUUGGGAUUGUUUAUGACAUGACCUUCUCUGCGCAUAUACCAGGUGAUAAGAGUUCGGCCUUGAGUUUUAUGAUGUGAUGACAAUUUAUGAUCAUUUGGAUUCGAAAGUUGCACAUGUAAGAGCUCGUGGGGUUCAAGGUCCCUUCUCACUAUAUGCUUGUAAAAAGACAGCACACACAUCAGUGUGAAAGCACCAACUCCC